UCAAUAUAGUAGUAGGUGCUCCUGGUUUUUUGCAAAUAUCUCGAAAACUAAGUAAGUCCGACAUGAAGGUUAAAGGAGAAUAGUUGCUUAAAAUGUUGAAUUUUACAACAUAUUCAAAAAAUCAUUGAAAUAGAAAGCGCCUUUCCUCGAGUUCACCGAAGUGUCGAAUUUAACAGCAUAUUUAAAAAUUAUCAAAAUCAGAGGGAGAGCGCUUUUUCCACAAGUUCACCUUAUCUUACAAAACAUGAAACACUUAGGUGCUUGACCAUCUGCUACGUGAUCAGAAAGGUGUAGAUAUGGUGGGGUGCAGUUCUUAAAAGGGAGCGACAGUACAGAUCUUUCUUCAUAAGAUCAGCAGCUGAAGCACGGGCAAAUAUACAUUAGCUCAUGUUUUCUUUGUUUAGAUUAAUAAUUAAAAUUUACCACAAAAAUGUUUGAUAGUAAAAAAGUUUGCAGUAUUUUAUAUAUCAUUCUCCUGACUAUUGUAAAUGGCAAUAUUAUUCCUCGGAAACCUAUUGCAUCGGAAUCGAAUGAUUUCGAUCUUUUAAUCUUCACUCAACAUUGGCCUCCCACUGUUUGCUACAAAUGGAAAACAAAUUCCGCAUCGCAUAAAUGUUAUUUUCCAAAAGAAAAAGAUGAAUGGUCAAUUCAUGGUCUUUGGCCUUCUCAAUUGCACAAAUUAGGGCCGCAAUUUUGUAAUAAAUCUCUCGUGUUUAACUCGACUGCGCUAAAACCAUUGAUUAAACAGCUGCAAGAAAAAUGGAUAGAUGUACAAGAGGGUACUGAAUCUUCUUCACUUUGGCAACACGAAUGGAAUAAACAUGGGACUUGUGCAGUAGUGAUAGAACAGCUAAAUACUGAAUAUAAAUAUUUUGCAAAAGGGCUUAACUUAUUAGCAACAUACGAUAUGAAACAUGUAUUGGCAAAAGCGAAUAUCAUCCCUGGAAAAGCGUACGCAAAGGCGGAUAUUCUUCAUGCCAUUGAAAAGGUUUUAGGUAAACGGGGUGCGAUAAUGUGCCAGAAAAACCAGCAAACUGGGGAAUCAUAUAUAUUCGAGAUACGAAUAUGUUUCGAUAAGACACUACAAUUAAUUGAUUGUGAUGGUAUUUAUGGAUAUCCUACAAAUUGUGAUAAUUCUAAACUGGUAACGUAUCUGAGUGAAGUACCACACGGGUACACUGUAGUACAAAUGUAAUUACCUAAUGUACAAAGUUACGAAACACGUGAUACGUCGAACUUACAAAUUGUAAUAUUUAAAGAAGAAAGGUAAAUAAUUUUCUAUGAAGAAAUUAAAAAUUACAAACAAACUGCCAUUA